GAGCCAGCAGCAGCUGCGGCAGCCAGAGCCAGCAGACAGCAGUCAGCUGCUGACGAGUGUGCGGUGAGGAUGUGUGACAUCAGGAUUUAACCAUUCCCGUCCACCUAUGUUGGCCUGUCUCACCCUCCUGCCUCUAAUGUGCUCUGAGUGCUUGGAGUGGCAAUGGCAACCAUCAGGGGAGGCGUCAAGGACCGCAUCAUCCAUGAGAUCGGGCGGGCCAUCAAGCAGGCUCAGCUGGAAUGGUGCGGCGUUGGGUGCGUGAGGGCCUGCACUGGCCGGUGGCUGGUGCUGAGCCUGGACGCUGCCCUUCUACAUGGCCUGCGCUCCCUCGGCCGCGGCUACUGGCCUGUGGUGGCAACCCUGCUGGACCGGCCCUCCCUCAACACCAUCAUGUCCCUCCCCUAUGCCACCAAGCCACUCACAAGGGGUCGCUCAUGGGUGUGUCUGUGCCUCAAUGAAGGGCAGCUGGAGAACUACCUGCAUGUGCUCAUAUCCCAUCCGGGGCUGUUGGCUACCCACUAUGAGGCCCAUGGCUUGCUGCGGGACCCCCACCGUGCCCACCUCCUGCUCAUGCUGGCGGCUGGCCUUGAACACCUCAAGUUUGCCAUUCCCAUGGAUGUGCCUGGGUGGAUGCAGGCAGAGGGGAGUCUUGGCAGCUCCUCUGGGACGAGCAUGAACUCCAUGAGUCUCUCCCUGACCAGCAUGAGCUCUUCCCUUCCCUCCCCUUCUGUACAGGACUGCCUGGACCUGGACACUACCUGCUCCGAGGCACUGGAAGAGAACUGGAAAACGUCAGCUGACUGGGCCGCGGCACAGCAGAAAUACCUCCAGACUAAUCCACCCAAGUCCUCCUCACAGUCGCCGAGCAGAGUUACGUCAGGCAGCGCCCUGCUCCGCCAAAAUUGUUCCCUUGUAAUAGCCACUUUAGCCAUCACCACCAAGAUGUCAAGAAGGAAGAGACAGAGCAGGUCAUCCUCCCAAAACUCCUCAGGUGGCACCACACCCAUUACCAUCAUACCUGUCAGUGCAGGGAGGAAGGUGGGACAGCUCCAUGAGGACACCACAGGCACUGCUAACACUCUGCUGGGUGACAGUACUGAGGCGCCUUCGUCUGCUGGGAAAAACUGUGAUAAUCGUUGUAAGGAAGAUACCAGUGUGGCAAGGAACAAAGGUACCUCAAAGUGUCAUUCUAGACUUGCGACAGAUAAUGCACAGAGACAAGGACCUGGAGAAAAGACAGUGCUCAUUAAUAAUACUCAGCCAAGUGGAGUUGAGACAGAAAAGGUUGAAUAUAAUAAAGGUGAAGGACCAGAGAAGGAUGGCACUAGGAUGGAGCCAAAGGUUGUUCUACGGCAGAAUGUAUCCUCUAAGAACAGUGAAAAACGAGUCUCCUUCACUGACACCACUGAGGCUGAGAUGAACAACAAAACUAUGCACAAGCGCCUCAGCCUGUGCAGUGGAUCUGUGAGUGGCAUGGAAAUACGGGACUUGGGUGACCUGAAGGAGCUCCUGUCCAGCCUUAAAGUGCAGGGACUGCUGCCCAUCACUCUUUCCCUGGAUGAGCUCUUCAGUUCCUUCGACCAGGCAAGUCACUCUGCUCAGUGUUAGGUUGAUGGCAGUCUC